AUGGCAGAGGAGGUCAUUUGGGCUUUGCUGCUUUUGGGUGUUAUUGAAGGACGCAAAGACAAGAGUGAGGGAUCCAAGUGGGCGCGAACGGCGUCAUGGAUUCACGAUGUGCGAUACGGUGGAGGGACAGCGAUGUCUACAAAGAGAUACGGCGAUCUGUUCACCGGUUUGCCCGUCGAGUUGGACUGGGAGAGCUAA